AUGGGGGAUUACGGGUUUGGAGUCUUACUGCAAAACAACACUGGCAACAAGUCUGCUUUCCCAGUUAGAAUUCAUCCACAUCUGCAACCUCCACACCAUCAUCAGAAUGUGUCUCAAAGCCCUGCUGCAUUUAUAAACAAUACCACAGCUGGUAAUGGCAGUAACAAUGGGUCACCUUGGCUGUUUUCAGCCACAGCUGCCCACAGCAGCAUGCAAGAUGAAAUUCUUGGGUCAGAAAAGCCCAAAGCCCAGCAACAGGAAAUGCAAGAAACGCAAGAAAAACAGCAACUGUCCCCUGGCCACCAGGAGUCUGGAAUCAUAUCUGAGUUAGAGAAGGCGAGGUCAGAGGAGAACAAGGUGGAGGGCGGCCCCUCCGAGGGUAGCAAUGGAAAAGAGAAGCUGCGCCUCGAGUCCCCAGUACUGACAGGCUUCGACUACCAAGAGACAUCAGGUCUUGGGACUCCGGGCCAGUCCAGUACCUCCUCGUCCCUGACUGGCUUCAACAACUGGUCAGCUGCUAUUUCCCAGACCCCCUCCACCAUCAUCAACGAGGAUGUCAGCUUCUUCAACCCAGCUGCCUCUGCUAACAACGGGCCCCUCCUGUUUCAGAAUUUCUCCCACCACGUCAGCCCAGGCUUCGGGGGAAACUUCUCUCCCCAGAUUGGACCCAUCUCCCAGCACCAUCCCCCACACCCCCACUUUCAGCACCCCCACAACCAGCACCAACAGCACCGAAGGUCCCCCGCCAGCCCCCACCCUCCUCCCUUCCCCCAUAGGAAUGCUGCCUUCAGCCAGUUGCCGCAUUUGUCCAAUAACCUGAAUAAGCCCCCGUCACCUUGGGGUAGCUACCAAAGCCCUUCUCCCUCUCCCUCCUCCACUUCCUGGAGCCCCGGUGGGGGCUAUGGUGGCUGGGGAGGCUCCCAGGGGCGUGAGUACCGUCGGGGCCUCAACGGAGGCAUGACUCCCCUGAACUCAAUCUCCCCACUGAAGAAGACCUUCCCCAACAACCACGUGCCGUCGCAGAAGUACUCCCGCACCAGCCCCGGCUUCAACCCCAAGUCCUGGAUGGACGAGAGUGUGAGCAGGAGCGAGAACAUCUUCCCCUUCCAGGUCAGUGAAUAGUUCUCACCGCUUUUAUAUCUCUUAAUUCUGUAAUGAUACUUAGAGCCACUCAUUGAGAUGUAAUUGCAUUUUGUGUACCCAAAGGCCCUACUCUACAUUAUAUGAUGAAUUUGUCACAGUAUUAAUGUUAGUCCUAUGCUUUAAUUGCCAGAGGCCCCUUAUAACUAGUGUAGCUCUGCCACUGCAGUGAUGAUGUCCCACUAUAUGAGAUAGAGAAGCUAUGACAUAGCCUAGAACGUAUCAGAUAUUUUUCUUCAGCCAGAGAACACGCGGUAGAGUGUAUAUAAUAAUAACUCAAGACUAGCGGUCUACGCUGUCUUUAUAAUGCCAUUGCAUUUCUAAUGCAAUUUGAUAGCACAAUGUGAAGAUGACUUAGAUAACAGUGUUAUGCGCAGAGAACACUGAUAGGAUUGAUGGAAACGGCAUGGAGGUUCUUUUAUUGAUCAAGCACAGGGGUGACUGCGUCUGGGGGGGGGGGUAAAGGUGGGUGCGGGGGUUGGGCUGGUAUAUGUGCUGUAAGGCCUGAUUGAAGGCUUUGAGGAUCUCCUUCCUACCCAGAAGUGCUGCAUCAUCAGCCAUGAUGCCAUACCGACCAUGUUAGAUAUUGAUAAUAGCCUAACUACUAUGUUACUGCAGCACACAGCAGUGCUGUGCCCUUGUUGGUUUAGAAUCACCCUGUGCUGCUCAGGCUAGCUCGAUUGUGACACUGCCCUCUAAAUAUAUUGGGGGUAGAGGGCUAGAUUGGGGGUUUUAGCUUCCUGAUGCAGGCUGUAAUACUUCAAUUGUAUUUUCAAGAGGCUGAAUAUUCUCACAUUUCGGGUUAGGUUGGCCUGAUGGGCAGUUUGAGAUGCAGAGCGUUGAAUAGAGACUGUCAGAAUGAAGGUGUGCUCUUAAAAUCCAUUGGAAAUGAGGUUGAAUCCGCUGCAACAGUCUCUAUAUCGAAGGGUUGAGUAGAGAAAGGACAUAGGCUACUUUCGUGUGACUGGACCGUUUGAAAGUGCUGUUGAUUUAUUACACAGCUAUUCCAUUUCUACUGUACAAUCAUGUUUAGUCACACACUAGGCUAACUCGCAUGGUUGUAUUCUAUUUUCAGUGUUUCCCCUAGGAUUUUUUUCAGCAGUGGUGGCAAGGCUAGCGGGGGUGGGCGGUGAGUGCAUUGCUACUAGCGUAAGCGCAAUGACAUGCUAGCUGUUCCCAUAGACUUCCAGUCAUUGAGCCAACGACUAUCCAUUUAAAAGCGCAUCUCGGCAGAAAUAUAUAUAUAUAUAUUUAUAUAUGAUGUAUUACAUAUUUUUUGCAGCGUUUGGUAACAAUUUAGCAGCGGUGGGUCACCGCCACUAAAUGAAUAUAGGAGAAACACUGAUUUUUGUACUAAGGACAUUACUACAUAAUAACUAGGUUUUCUGUUCGUCUCUGUCCCUGACCAAGCAAUGUUUUCAGCUUAAAGUGGACAGUGAUGGUGAACACAAGCCCAUUUCCAUGGAUCACAUGCCUUUCUCUUGUGACUGCCAGGCAUUUCCAAAUGGCUCCACAUAGUUUCCAUUUUCUCACAGAGGCAACGUGUGGGGGAUUGUGGUGUCCCUUUUGGAGUUAUCUUGUCCUGUUUGUUUACUCCCUAUUCAUUCUUAACCACUUACCUGUUUUAAAAUAAUAAAAUGCAGCAGCCAAUAGGCUGUCACCUCUUUCCUUUUUUAGCAUAGCCUACAUCCAUCAAGUUGACACAACAUUUAGGCUACAUUGCUCAAGUAACAUUGUGUAGAAAUACCUUAAUGUCUGCAAAACCUUGGCACCAUACCAUGUAGCAGCACCUUUUCAUAGAAACCCUUGGUUAUGUUAAUCAACGCUGGAUGAUGUUCGUAGCCUAUUUAAAGGAGGCUUCACUGACUGUUUAGGUGUAUGCCUUGGGGACUUAACUAGUUACAUUGAUACAAGUGAUGCGAUACCCAUCUCUUAGUCAGAGCUUAAUGGCGCUGGAAGUUUCCAUAGGCCUCCUGUGUCACAGCCAAGAAUAUCUCAUGUUUGGUGUGAAAGCAGAGGCUGUCUGGUGGGGGAGGAGAGCACUGGUUCCAUGCAAGCUGACACAGGUGAGGCGUUCAUGAUUAGGCUAACCAGCGGCUUAGGGAGAAAAUAAGAAGGGAGAUGCUGCUCCCACUCAGGGGAGAACAAAAACGGGCAACAAAAGGUUUGUCAAGAGACAAUGGUGCUAAAAACAAAAGGCCCCUCCUUUUAUUUAGAUGUGAUGUGCAUCCUGUGAUGGCCUUGGGCUGUGCUGCUACUGAUCACAGAUCAGUACUGUACUGGGAGACCUAGACCACUGUAGGAUGGCUGUUUGUUUAGCUGGCUAGGCCACUGUCCUCUGUUUGUUUCUGGAUUAGAGCAGCUUUUGCCAUUGGGUGCAGGUGCCCGUGGCAAACAGUCAUAUGUUACCUUGGUCUAGUGUCAUCUCUCAGGGAUUAGUGACUGUGCCUCCCAGAGAGGGGAUGUCAUGAAAACAUUAUACAACAUGGACAGUGGACGAACACACACGCCAGAAUCAUCUCUGGUGAUAUUCUUUCAAAGAUUCUACAUAUUCCAUACAUGGAGAGGAGACAGUUUGUGUGAAUGGCCCUGGUCCCUACUAUACUGCCUUUGGGUAUGGUGCUAGAGCUAUGUUAUUAGGCCUCUGCACUGAGGCAAGGUAGGUCUUUCACUUUCUAAAACCCAAACCCAGGCAGCCUCUUAGCCCUGUGUAAGCUGCUCUACAGCCUUCCUUGACUGGGAGGGAUAGGGCCUGCUGCCAUGUAACAUGCCUGUGGAUUUGGGGCUGGGUAGGCACCCAAAGGGCCACAUUAGCGAUCUACUUGGGAAAUUGUUAGUAGAGGUAGGUUAUGGUCAUGGUAUUCUGGUUAGCUAGUUUAAAUUGACAUACGUUUGCUUGCAUGUAUAACUGCUCCAAAUCAGAAUUGAGGUUAUUAUCAUAUUAGCUUUUUUUCAUUGAACCAUGCAAUAUAUAUUUAUGCCCUAAUAGAAUUAUGGGAACAUUGGGCAGUGCACAAGGACCUUAGUGCUUGGUGAUUGCGUUGUCCUUGUACACAAGGCUGAACAUUUGAAUCUGGAAUUCAUUUAAUAUUUUCUCAUUUCAAAGAGAUUCAUAAAUCCUGAUUUGAAUAGGUAUGACACAAGUCCCAGUAAGUCAUUAGUUUAUAGGAGACGUUGCUGCAUUGUGUUUUUAAAAUCUAUAAUGCAUUAAGAACAUCAAAAGUAGUCUAUGAUAUCCAUUGGGUCACGAUUUGGCAGGAUGUCUUAUCAAAAUAGAAAACAUCUACCCCAAAGGUCUCUUGUUCACAUCACUGUUGGGUAUCAGUUGACAGUGUGCUAAGGGGAAGAUGUUUUCGAUCAUGUGCACUACACUGUGUGACUGACUGCUGUUCUGAGGUCCGUUCCAGAUGUCAUCUUUUGUUCUACUGCUAUAGUUACAAGCCUCAUUCAUUAAUUGUCAUUCAACACCUCGUUUACGGCCAGAACACUCUUCCAGCUAUUCAAAUUUCGAGGACAUCAGCCAAUUAGGCAUGAUCCUAUGGCGUUAAAUGCGGCAAAUGUCCCUGGAAUAAUUAAAUAACCAUCAGUGAGUAGCGCACAACUGUGUUCUUAUGUUCUAUUCGCCCUUCUCUUACCCUCGAACAACGUUUUGAAACAGGAAGUAUCUUGUGUGUUGUAAUAUGAGAGAGAGAGAGAUGUAAAAGAAAUGUCAGAAGUGUCACAGGCAUUUAAUACCCCUUCUCUGAUUAGGCUCUGUUGCUGUUCUUUAAUUACUUUAUCACCAAAGUAGAUCUGGGUCCCCCGUGGAACCAGUCUGCACCCCCUGCCUCCCUAACCAGGCUCUGGGGCUGGAUUAAUGGGCUUGAGGGUGUUUUUAAUGUGCAAGGCUUUGAAAAACCUUGACCAGCAACACAAAAAUCAACAGUGUCAAAGCUGGGCCCCUUAUCCCUACCUCCCUCCCCCGUUCCAUUCCCUUUUUCAUUAGUAUAGCCGUGACAUUGUAGAUUAAUGUUGUAGCAGAAACACCCUUAGCAUGCCAUACUUAAUCAUUCUGCUCAGGGUGUUUCAUCAAGGCCUAUUUUAGCAGUGUUCUUCACGUUGGAUAGUUUGGCCCUAGCUUCAAGCUCCCAAACACGGGCUCUCUGCCUGGAGAGAGUUAUUAUAAUACAAAUGGGUUACACCGGUUUGGUCUCCUUCACUGUUUUCUUCUUUGUUACACCGGUUUGGUCUCUCCCUGACUGUUUCCCUCUUUCUUUUGUCUCUUUUAUAAGGUGCACCUAUUUUUCCUCAUAGUUGGGAUCGGGGGAAUUAUUUUAUUACAUUCCUGUAUACUCUACCGUUCAAAAGUUUGGGGUCACUUAGAAAUGUCCUUGUUUUCGAAAGAAAAGCAAUUUUUUUGUCCGUUUUAAAAUAACAGCAAAUUGAUCAGAAAUACAUUGUAGACAUUGUUAAUGUUGUAAAUGGCUAUUGUAGCUGGAAACGGCUGAUUUUUAAUGGAAUAUCUACAUAGCCGUACAGAGGCCCAUUAGCAGCAACCAUCAGUCCUGUGUUCCAAUGGCACUUUGUGUUUGCUAAUCCAAGUUUAUCAUUUUAAAAGGCUAAUUGAUCAUUAGAAAACCCUUUUGCAAUUAUGUUAGCACAGCUGAAAACUGUUGUGCUGAUUUAAAGAAGCAAUACAACUGGCCUUCUUGAGACUAGUUGAGUAUCUGGAGCAUCAGCAAUUGUGGGUUCGAUUACAGGCUCAAAAUGGCCAGAACAAAGAACUUUCUUCUGAAACUCGUCAGUCUAUUCUUGUUCUGAGAAAUGAAGGCUAUUCCAUGCGAGAAACUGCCAAGAAACUGAAGAUCUUGUACAACGCUCUGUACAAAAAUUGCUUUUCUUUCGAAAACAAGGACAUUUCUAAGUGACCCCAAACUUUUGAACAGUAGUAUAUGUGUGACUCUUCUAUUAUGUAAACUAAAUGCGUCAUCAUGCUUCUGUUCGGCUGGCAAACCAAAAGUGUGUGCUCGCAUACUCCCUUAAAAUACCUUCGCUUGAACGUUUUGGAAAAAGCGGCAAUGGUACUGUUUGGCCAUUUUGACACGCCAUAGCCACUUCCUCAAAAUAAUCAGAAUUAAUCUAAUCUGUCAUUAAUUUAACGUUUUUGCAGAGGGGAUCUUAGUCGUGCAAUUUUACAUCCAAACUAAGAUGUUUGGUGCAGUAUUUCUCAAUGAGAAAAUGUGCAUGAAAACGAGUCGUCUCUCGUUGAAUGACGACAGACUUCAUUGAAGAAUCCCUACAGCUGACCAAAUACAGAUGAAGGGGUGUAGACUUCGGCUCCCGAACUUCUGCUGGCCUCGAGAAUAAAUGUGUGCCCAAACAGCCAAAAAAAGUCCAAAACGAACAAAAACGUCACAAAAUGUCGUCAUAAUAUAUUCUCCAACUCUUCUGAAACUGUUUUGGCUGGGAAGCAUGCGGACGCCUAAAGCCUGACUUUUUUUAAUUUACAAUUUUUCUGAAAGGUUAUUGUUGAGGUUGGUAAGGAAGUGUCUUAUCUGACCUGCCCACUUUUCCGUGUGUGUACCUUGGAGAUGAACCUAACUUAUCUUGUGAGGCUGUGCGAUAGAGAGACACACUGAGGGCCGGGCAGGCUCAGCUUGCCCAUGCCAUGUGUGCUCUUAAUGGCUGUGUGUGUGCGUCUACGUACGUAGCCUAGCCCUUCUAAGCUUCCAGGGAUGAGUGCUGCUGCCUGUUCAUCAGAUGGGAGGAGGUGUGUAAGAGAGGAGGGGCAGAUCAGAUAGUUAAUCGCUGUGGUUGCCAAUCCAUUCAGAUGCUUAGCAACAACCGCAGCCAUGCUUGUGCGUCGUCGUGGUGGCGGAAGGGUUUUACAGGAUCUUGCACACACCUUUUAUGGCAUCUCCUUACUUAUUACUGUACUAAAACCCUUCCUGCUUUGCCUCCUAGGGUAGGUCUAGGGUUGUUUUUUUCCCCAACUGGGUUUAGUGAACACAAUGUUUUUUUUGGCUGGGUAGAUUUAGUUGAGAAUGUAAUUUGUAAUGAGUGUUCUUGCAGUAAUCUCUGGUAGCCUAUUUGACUUCAAGUAGUUCAUGUCUCCAGUGCAUUGUAGAAAAUAAACCAUAGUCGACUGCAGCACCAGCCUGCUGGUGAUGGUUUGGUUGUCCCUCCCAAGGCCAUGGUUGUUAAUGUUAUUACUUUAAAUGGUGGCCAUGGAGCAGUAAACACCUGCCUAGCAUGAUGUGUAUUUUACCUGAAGGUGAUAGGGUGUAGCCUAAGUUAUAUAAAGCAUGGAUUUGUCAGUAAACAGUAUUGAAAUACUUAAAAUUGGGCUUUUGUAGAAAUCUAAAUGUGAUUCCAUAACAUGUGAGACAUGACCAUGUCCAAAACACCACAUGAGCCUUCAUACUAGUGCUUCUCCAGUCAUAUGACAGCCAGUCAACUGUGAAUAAUUUCCAGCUCUUGUGCAACAAGCCUCACAUUAUCAUCAGGUAGGACUUGUCUUGUGUUAUUCCUGGCUGGCCUCUGGUAUGCCAUUCACUAGAGGGUUUUUACCUGCUUGCUGCUCAAGUAAUUCUUAGAAACGAGCCGAGACUACCAUUUUUCAUGGAAAGUGUUCAUUAUCCAUAGAAAAUAAUCCAAGUCAAGGACAGUGAGUGAGAGGCUGCCUUGUUUUAGUAGUAGGCCUGGAUAUUGUUUUUGAAAACAAGUUGAACUGCUGGCUUAAGAACGUGUUUGGUUUAGGUUAUGAGCGCCCUCUUAUCGCACUGCCACGUCGAGCCCGACUGGCUGAAAGAAUUGAACAUUUCCAGUUUGGUCACGGUGUCAGUCCUUUUCAUGGUCUUGUGUUUAAAGUUAAUCUCAAUCAUUGUUUGCAUGAGCUUCCUCUGCGUGCACUAUGAGCCGACGACCUGCAUUCUGUACAGAAUAAUACUUGCAAUGAAAAUGUGUAGAUACAGAUUUACAUCAAUAAGAGAUGAAGCUAUACAUUAAUUAUAACACAUCAACACUGCAGUAAAAAGUAACUGUCACGAUUUCAUUUACUUCACAUUCACAGUAUUUUGUAUUCCAUGCAUGAAGUAUCAGUGUGUGUGUGAUGGGAUGAAAGCCUAAUGGAAAUUUCAUGGCGUCAGACUCAGAAUAUAGGCCAAAAAAUGUAACAUUUAACCAGCGGCAGCUGCAUCCCUCUAAAGCAGAACUCUCAUCUAUCUUUUACACAGGAGCGCACCAGAUCCUUUGAUGGCUUCAACAUGCACUCCCUGGAGAACUCUCUCAUUGACAUCAUGAGGGCCGAGCAAGAUACCCUGAAAGGUAAGAUGACAAUCACAGCAACAUCAGGAUCACAUGUCCGGUCACAAAAUUGCUGUUAGUGGCCGUAUCUUACAACCUUUGUCCUCCAAAUCUGCUGCAAGGUCAUCGAGGACAGCUAUGUCAGACAACUGCUGAUCUGAGCUUUCAUUUCAGCCCUAGAGUAGACUAGGAAAUAAAGCGUGAAGGCUUAUGUAGGCUAUUCUACAGAGAGUGCAAAUGGACUUAUGAUUGUGCAGUAGGUGUGUAAUGGUACACAUUCGUACCGAACCGUUCGGUACGGGGACCUCGGUUCGGUCCGCACUGUGAACCCGAAUAAAUACAUAAUAAAACAAUUAAUGAAACCCCUAGGCCUAUAGGCUAUGCCGGGUUGUAUGCCAUUGCCACUUGAGUAAAUCGGAGCUGAAAAAAAGAUUGUAGGCUGUUCCGUUAAAGCUACAAUAUGUAACUUUUUGGGCGUCCUGACCAAAUUCACAUAGAAAUGUGUGUUAUAGAUCUGUCAUUCUCAUUGAAAGCAAGUCUAAGAAGCAGUAGAUCUGUUCUAUGUGUGCUAUUUCUAUGCUUCCAUUUCUGAAGUUUAGUUUUUUUGUCGUUUACUUUCGGUUUUGUACACCAGUUUCAAACAGCAGAAUAUACAAUAUUUUGGGUUAAGGAAAAUAUUUUUCUCAGCGGUUUAGAUGGUACAAUGAUUCUCUACAGAAUGAUUGCGUUUUUUGUCACAUAAACUGAAAUUAGGCAAACUAUUAGAAUUUUAGCAACCAGGAAAUGGUGGAGCGAUUUCUGCAUAGUGCGUCUUUAAAACAACUAAUGCUAGAAAUUCUAGACUAUUCCUGAUCUGGCACAUCUUCGCAUCACCUUCAGCAUUCAAAUGUUUGUAAAAUGGCUUGCGCAACAUUAGGCUUUAUUAGUUGAGUGACAACCAAUGUAAUUUGCUAGGUGAUUUUUAUCAAAUGCGCUGUUGAAAAUUGAGUUUUACUGGAAUAAAAGUAGCCUAAGCUACUGCAGGAGACACAACUCUCAUCUGGCUAUAGGCUAUAGGCUACCUUCUAAUCGGGGCUUACAUUAGAUUUUAUUUAGAUUGUUCUGGUUCACCAUCAGCAAUAGUUUUGGUAGUUUUGCUUGAAACAAUUAGUAUGGUCAUUUUUACAUAUACAUAGUAAAGUUGAUAAUUUCGUAACGAGGACAGCAAUCACUUUUGAUACCCGCACUGCAUGGUCGAACCGGGAUAGGAGGAGGAGCUCACAUCCAGUCUGACAACUUCCUAACGGUCCAAAAAAUGAUAAUAAUGCAAACAUCCCCCCCCCCUCUGAACUGAUAGUGGGGGUGGUAGUUUCCCUUAUUUUUUUAAACAUUUUAGUCAUUUAGCAGACGCUCUUAUCCAGAACGACUUACAGUUAGUGAGCGCAUACAUUUUUCAUACUGGCCCCCCGUGGGAAACGAACCCACAACCCUGGCGUUGCAAGCGCCAUGCUCUACCAACUGAGGUACAGGGGACCUUAUGGCUCAGCUCAGGUUCCUACAUACACCAUAGACAUAUUCACACACCACAUAUACACACACACACACAGAUCCAGCUCAGAGAGGCCCAGCUCAUGAGCUCCAUCCGCAACAGAUGUUAAUUUAGAAUGGAAAAUGAAUGUGUUUGUGCAUCGAUUCCCCGAUUCCUUCCUCUAAUCAAACCGAAUCGCAAGAAUUGUUUCAAACUCAAACGUAUCGUUCCUGUAUCGUAUCAGAGCCCAUGCAUCUAGACACACUACCGGUCAAAAGUUUUAGAACACCUACUCAUUCAAGGGUUUUCCUUUAUUUUUGACCAUGUCUUAAAUUAACCGUCUCUCUUUGCUUAUUUUAGCUGUUCUUGCCAUAAUAUGGACUUGGUCUUUUACCAAAUAGGGCUAUCUUGUCACAACACAACUGAUUGGCUCAAACGCAUUAAGAAGGAAAAGAAGGAAAGAAAUUCCACAAAUUAACUUUUAACAAGGCACACCUGUUCAUUGAAAUGCAUUCCAGGUGACUACCUCAUGAAGCUGGUUGAGAGAAUGCCAAGAGUGUGUAAAGCUGUCAUCAAGGCAAAGGGUGGCUAUUUGAAGAAUCUCAAAUAUAAAAUAUAUUUAGAUUUGUUUACACUUUUUGGGUUACUACAUGAUUCCAUACGUGUUAUUUCAUAGUUUUGAUGUCUUCACUAUUAUUCUACAAUGUAGAAAAUAAAGAAAAACCCUUGAAUGAGUAGGUAUGUCCAAACUUUUGACCGGUAGUGUAUGUAUCUAAUCAUUUACAUUUUAGUCAUUUAGCAGACGCUCUUAUCCAGAGCGACUUACAUGAGCAAUUAGGGUUAAGUGCCUUGCUUAAGGGCACAUCGACAUAUUUUUCACCUAGUCGGCUCGGGGAUUAGAACCAGCGACCUUUCGGUUACUGGCACAACGCUCUUACCCACAAAGCUACCUGCACAUCCUUAACUUGCAUGUUUCCCCUUUUCUAUGUCUAUUUGAAAUUUUGAAUGAAUGCGUGCUAACAACAUUGAGUGGCAUCGCUCUCAAUGUCAUGGUCCCCACUAGACCUCUCAACUUUGCAUUGCAAAAGGUACAAAAGUCCCAUCAUUUCAGGUGUAAAGUCAAAUGGAGUAGACAGACAUAGAGAGAUAAUCACUGAUGGGACUUCGUUUUCCUUCCAACAGCUUCCUUCUCGUUCCUAGUUACCUGUAUUUCCCCAUUACUGUUCUUUUGAGGUCAUUGCAGGUGAUUUUGUGAGCAGCUGCCCAACUUUGGUCCAUUAGAACUGUGACUCUGCACGCGUACAGGACAAUGCUGUGGCGCAGCAGAUUGGUGUUAGCAGCAGCUACACUGACCAAUAAACGCCUGCAUCUCUGCAGCAGCACUGGGCUGGCUGAUGGAGCAGCCCUCCACUGGAGCCUCUUUCCCUGGCCCAGCCAUGCCUGGAGGGGAGCACGUGCUAGGUGUGGUGACAGGCCAUCUCCGUGGUGCUGGUAAUGCAAGGCUUCUUCAGGAUUAGUCAGUCUGAUCCAGGAUGUGGAGGGUGGAGACGGUGUGACGUGGAGGAAGGGACUCCACCACUAAUACAACUGUCUGCUGCUUCCCUUUUUAUGUAGGAUUUUGUAUCGGGUUAUAAUGAAGUGAAGUGAGGAACUAGAGGUCAGGUUUUGGGGUUAGGUGUUGGUUGUGUGGGAGGUAUUUUCAUAGCUGCAGCUAUUGAAGGGUUGUAAAUGCAGCGUUUGCGGCGGUCUCUAUAGGUUGUCCAUCUGGUUUGUGAAGCAAACAUUGCAAACCGGAACGUUUGUUGACAAAGUCAACAACUUUGUCACACACUUCAGGCUCUCGGCCUCUGAUGUUCUCCAAUCUAGUUUGUGCCACUGCUGAUUAUUGCAAUGAUGCUCCCAGUGCUGCGUGCCAGCUACAGAAGGCAGAGAAAAACAUCAUUAUGAUGCAUCAUGUGCCUUGUGAGCAGCAGCUCCUCGCCACUGUCUCCAGGGCAAUGUGUUUCUACAUUAGAAAGAUCCACACAGACGCAGGCCCUACUCCUCCUGUGUCCUGACCUUACUGGGGCGCUUUGGGUGAGCUCCAAGGGUACCAAAGCAGUGCCCCGGCCCCCUAUCCCUAAUUGAAAAUAAUUAUCUGACCGCCAAACGUGAACCUCUGUAGAACAGAUUAAAAGGACAAUCGACUGAAGAAGUGGCUUUGAAUCGAUUCCAUCCUCUGUGACUAAAAAGAGCACUCUGUUCUCUGAAAAGUUACAAAAUGGUGUGUUGGCUCUGUCACCAUUAACUGCUGAGCCUGCCUGCCUGCUCUCUCUCACUCUUUGAUUGAAUAGGUGGAGGGAGGGGAGGGGCUUAGAGAAUUUGUGUGAUGGAACGGAAUUCACCAGUCACGGAACUCUCCACUAGUCCACACAGGAGCCAUGUAUAGAGAGUUGGUCAAACAAAAAAAGCAAAAUAUUAUUCCAAUUCUAGACAUUCAGUUAAAUAGCAUUAUUUAAAUAUUCUCCAUGUAAUGCUUAUGUGACGCUGACAUGGCUGCCAUAUCAUUUUGAAGUGUCAUGUAAAUGCAUCAUAAUGCAGAAACCUCAAUGGCCCAACUCUCUCUAAAUACAUGGCUCACAAUGGGUUUACUAUUACGAGGGCUAAUGUAACCACGGCUCAUUUUGUGUAUUGCAGCGUAUGCUUGUGACUGUAUCUCUUAAUGAUUUAUACUCUGUUUCCUCUCACUAGGUCGCCUAGGAUUCACCCAUCCAGGGGGAGAUAGUCCUUUGCCCAUAAAUGGUAUGUCAAUGGUUUUCUAGCACUAGUGCUCUGAUGGCUUAACCCAUGCUUAACCCAUGGAUGGAUGGAGGGUGAAACAAGCCAUAUGUUAACAUAGUCCGCAAGAUUAGCAGCAUCAUGUCUGUGCUUAGCGUGCUCUUGAGGCACCGCUGUGGGUUUGCUAAUCUGUGGACGACUCUUCUUACGCCAUUAGUUAUUUUUAAUGAUUGAUAUGGAUUUAUUGAAUAGUAAUCUUUUGUGGACAGAUGCACGUAGAAUUACUGGUAUUGUAGCAUCUGUCAACAGACUGUGUGGGUUGCAACCACUAACGAGGAACUUGUUUCCGGUGCGUAGAUUUUUCAGCACUGGUAAUUACAAAAAAAUCACGAUUUCGCAGGUGUAAGCAUCAUUUGAAUUUCGGACUAGGAGGGGACAUUUGGCCCAUAGACUUGUCUGUAACUUCCAAAAAGAGAGGGGGUGGAGCUCCUCGUUCACCUAGCGCUCCUCGUUCUAGUAUCUUUUCUAACAUGUCUCCCCCAGAACUGAAUCCAUUUUUUUGUUCUGGGUUAAUUGAAUAGUAAUAGGAUAGGAAAGCUACGCUAGGCUAAUUUACCAAAUCUACUGGAGUCUUUGAUCAUUUUGGUAAUUAACAGAUCAUUUAUUGUAACUUUGGUAAUUUAUACUCAAAUAACUUUUUUAAAAAUGUAUUCAUAGUAUUCAUUUUUUUUAUAUUAUAACAUAUUAUAUAUGAGUUUCUAGUGGAUAGACCAUAUGGUUCAAGAGAAAAUAGCCUAAUGAAUGGAUAAAAGCAUCUAAUCAACAAUGGCAUUAUUUUCAAUUAACUCUGCAACUCUUCCAACCAUUGACUUUUUUUCACAACUGCCACAAGUUUGGCGCCAACACAUUUACAACAAAGACAUAGUAAAAUAAACAUUGUUAUAUAAAGGAGAUUUCAUGCUGAAUCCUUCAUAUUAAACAGCAUUGGAAUUCACUAAGUUGAUGGUUUAUAUUUAGGAUAAUGUUUUACUGCUUUGUCAUUCUAAUUUCUAUUUUAAAAUCGUAUAACUAAGAUGACUGCACUUCGGCUUAUGCAUAUCAACAUACAGUUGAGGAAGCUGUAUUUUUUUAAAAUUUAAAUUCUUUAUGAACAUGUCACUAUCUCUAGGCAAGAGGAGGUUUCAUUCUCAAGUAAGAACACACACGAGGAGCUUAGUUCUUUCAUUGCAUAGGCAAGAUAUGAUUUUAUAUAUUUUACAUAUGAUAAGGCCACAGAGGGCCGGAGGCUAUGCUAUUUGCAUUCAGCCAGACCUCUCAUUUGCCUAGCUAUGCAAUGAAAGAACUAAGCUCCCUGUAUUUGUGUUCUUACUUGAGAAUGAAACCUCCGAUUGCCUAAGAAAUAUAAUAAUACAGCUUCCUCAACUGUAUUUUGAUAUGCAUAAGCCGAAGUGCAACUGAGAGCCCAGUGAUCCACCAUGGACGCUCUCCCUGAGUCUCAUAGUGUUAGCCUAUAUUGCGCCGUCAUAUGGUCAGACAGUGAUCAAACAGUACAGAUAUUGGUCCUGCAUCGAUACCAUUCAGAGAGUACUAGUCUUAGAGCGGCAGUCACACCAGCUGAUAGUUACUCUGUGGAACACACAUAUGGGCACACACGUGUAUCAGAGAGCGUGUAAAACCACCCUCCACUGACUUCCUGAAGAGCUUCUCUCCAUCUGGCCCAUGGAAGGGAGUGCGUGCGUGAUCCUCAUGAGGAGUCCAGGAGACGUGUAGAGACGUGACAGCCCAGCUAUAUCAAGGGUGGAUGUUCAACACAAGGGCAUCCUCUGGCUGUGUCUGCCAUGUACUGCUGGGCACUGAGGAGGCAAUACAGGACUAAUCAUGUGUAGGAUUUGACUGAAAAGGAGAAGGGCAUGUGUUGAAAACUGUCAUUGCUGGUCACUGUUGAUGUUCUGUGCAUCCCUUUGUUCACCUGUCUUGUUUUUACAUGCAGCAAGGAAUUAUGGGAGGAGACGAGGUAAAUAGAUUAUCUUGGGUUAUUCAAGUGGAUUAUUUUUUUUUUUUUACCUUCAAAACGGGCAUCGAAAGACCCUGUCUUUUGCAUCCAUGUUCAGUCUUUGUGAAGGGGGACAGUAUGUGUUUGCAUGGAGAUGUUGUGCUUCAUUGUUGGUCUGUUGGUUGGUCUGGCAUGUUGGUGUUUUUCCCCUCAAAAGUGUAUUAGUCUCCAAGAGCUUUUGUCUGUGGUGUUGUGGUUGUCAGCAUUACAUUUGUUUGUGUACAGAGCGAGAAACACACUACACACACGUCACACAGUCACCACUAGCCGACCCCCGCCCAGUACCGUGCCCUGUAUUUGAGUCACUGUCACUAGAUGGCUACCACCCGGUUACUCUACCAUGCACCUUAGAUGCUGCUGACCUAUGUACAUAGACAUGGAACACUGGUCACUUUAAUUAAUGUUUACAUACUGUUUUACGUACUUCAUAUCUGUAUACUGUAUUCUAGUCAAGGCCUAUCCUAUUUAACUAUUGCUGUACAUAAAUAUUCUUCAGAUAUACUACAUUCUAUCCGUAUACUGUCCAUAUUGUCUAUACAUCCCAUCAUAUAUAUAUAUACACUACCGGUCAAAAGUUUUAGAACACCUACUCAUUCAAGGGUUUUUCUUUAUUUUUACUAUUUUCUACAUUGUAGAAUAAUAGUGAAGACAUCAAAACUAUGAAAUAACACAUAUGGAAUCAUGUAGUAACCAAAAAAGUGUUAAACAAAUCAAAAUAUAUUUCUUCAGAUUCUUCAAAUAGCCACCCCUUGCCUUGAUGACAGCUUUUGACUAGGGCCCAUAGGGAAUUUGGGAUGCAGCCCUAGCUCCUCAAUGGUAUAUUACAACCGGUUAGAUGGAGUGUUGCAUUUCAUCACAUCAGCAUGUAUGUAAUGGGGGAGAAGGGAGGACUUUCGUACAGCUAUUUGUGGGGACUGUGUGUUUGAGCUGAAACGGGGGAUGGCUGGUGUAGUUCUGUGCUGGGGGACGGAUGUGGAGGGAGGGAGGGAGGGAGGGGGGAGAGGGAGAUUGAUUAAAAUCCCUGGCUCAGUCCCUCUUACACAGCUCAGCAGGGCCUUACUCUAGCAUUGUCUCUGGCACUCAAUGACUCAUGUGAGAUGAAUUACUGGAAAAUGGGCACGUUGUUGUAGCUAAUAUUACUAGGCCAUACCUAACCAUGCAAUGAUAUUCCCCUCACUCAACUCAUGUUGAUAAACCUAGGAAAUAAACUCCAUGAGUGUUGAUCUUUUUUUGUUAUAUCGGUGUUAUAUCAGUUGUGUUAAGUAGCCAUGUAUCAUUGGCUGACUGUGUGCGAUCCUCUCCUCAGGCCAUUCUUCCCUGUUCCCCAUGGAGGAUGGUUUCCCUGACGACGAGCGUGGCGAGCAGAGCCUGCCUGGUCUGGGCUCGCCCCACUGCUUCCCCCACCAGAACGGGGAGCGCGUGGAGCGCUACUCCCGCAAGGUCUUCGUUGGCGGUCUCCCCCCUGAUAUUGAUGAAGGUAACCUUUUUUACAGCUUCACUGGACAACACUGCUGACGCCAGUCACAUAGGUGGAGGUAAUGAGCUGUGAACACAAGGAUGAUACUGGACUGGACACCUGGUUGAUAGGGUGGAGGUCUAGAAUGUGUAUGUCUUCAUGGCCAGUAGGGUUACAUGACGGAUGUUAAAGAUGUCUCCCUUUGUGACCAAUUUCUGCCGUAGACUUUCACCAUACAGCGCUGCUCUGCCAUUUUUCUCACUGCAUGACACAACGUCGUGUGUUAUUUAGUUCAGUUUCUGCCUGGUUCUUAUUGCUUCCUGAGGGCUUUGGCUCAUGAGUAUGCAUAGUUGUAGUACAUUCUGUGUGUUUUGUAGAAUAAGGAGUGGAGAACAGAUUCGUGUUGCUGGCAGAGGAUUUGAGAGGACAACUGAGGCUUUGCUUGUUUUCUGGAUGCUACCAUCUGCUCUGCUUUAUGCUCUCCGUUUACCGUUACAAUCCACACCCAACGUAACAGGGACUCACAUAUCCCUGUAGUCUACCCCACUAAAAACAACCAUCGGAUGUUAACACAUAUGCACCGUAUCACAGUAGAACCACUGUGAAGCAAUAGUUGAAUGUUUUUCUUUUUCACCUUUUUAGAUGAGAUAACUGCUAGUUUCCGUCGUUUCGGACACCUCUUUGUGGACUGGCCUCACAAGGCAGAGAGCAAAUCUUACUUUCCCCCGAAAGGUGAGUCACGUUUUAAGUCAACCUACUGCUACUGUCCUUAUCGCCACAUACAGCAGUGCUAUCAAAAUGUACUAUCAGAAUUGACUAUUGAGGUCGAAAUAGUCUGAAAUGUUAGAACAAACUCAUGAGCAGAGCGGUCUUACCGUCGGCAGUCAUUUCCAGCAGCAGACAGAGAAUGAAACGGUAGAGGUAAGCGUUAAGUCCUCUAGUAAUCUCUGUCAGUGUUCUGUGUAGGUGGUUUGAGUGGCCUUGUCCUCUGUCGUUUGCUCUGUAGGUUAUGCCUUCCUGCUGUUCCAGGAGGAGAGCUCUGUGCAGGCCCUGAUUGAGGCCUGUAUUGAAGAGGAUGGCAAGCUCUACCUAUGUGUGUCCAGCCCCACCAUCAAAGACAAGCCGGUGAGCAGAUUGCACCAUCACCCAUCUGCUAAAUAUCUUCUCUCUCCUUCUCUCAUACUAUUGUGAAAGAUAUCAAGAUGCAGCACCACAGCAGCAUUUUACUGCGUCAUGUUUUAUUUAGUGAGCCCAUUCGAUUAGUCGCUGACCAAGUGAAUAACCAAGCAGCCACCCUUCUUUGUAGAAUUGGCUUUGCAUCGUUAAAGGCAUAACAUGGUAGACAUGACAAACGUUAAGACGUGACAUGUUGUGAUACAUAUGUCUCCCUGUGUAUAUGUUUAACAGGUCCAGAUCCGCCCCUGGAACCUGAACGACAGUGACUUUGUGAUGGACGGCUCCCAGCCUCUGGACCCCAGGAAGACCAUAUUUGUGGGUGGGGUGCCACGCCCUCUCCGUGCAGGUAACCUAUUGACCCUGGUCAGCUAAAGCCACACUUCCAUUGGCACUUUAGUCCUGAGGUGUGUUCCAAAUGGCAACCUUUUCCCUAUAUAGUGCACUACUUUUGACUAGGGCCCAUAGGGAAUUUGGGAUGCAGCCCUAGCUCCUCUAUGGUAUAUUAAAACCGGUUAGAUGAGUGUUGCAUUUCAUCACAUCAGCAUGUAUGUAAUGGGGGAGAAGGGAGGACUUUCGUACAGCUAUUUGGAACAUUAUGGCCAAGUUCGGAAUGUCACAUUAAAUCUAUGAGGCUAGACCCUGGAAUUGUGCUGCAGUCUAACCCAUCUGUAACCUGUGUUUCCCUCCUUCCACAGUGGAGCUGGCCAUGAUCAUGGACAGGCUGUAUGGAGGGGUGUGCUAUGCAGGUAUCGACACAGACCCAGAGCUCAAGUACCCCAAGGGAGCAGGGCGGGUGGCCUUCUCUAAUCAGCAGAGCUACAUUGCUGCUAUCAGCGCUCGUUUUGUCCAACUGCAGCACGGAGAAAUUGAUAAACGGGUUAGUGAAGGCUCUUUUUUUCUCUCUCAGGCAAAUACAGCAUUACACAAACAAAUAUGCAGAAGGACAGAAAUGUUGUACAAAACAGAUAAAAGGCUCUUGUCUCAUGUCUUUUAAAAGGGCAUUGUUCUUUAUUGUAAUGGUUUUAAAAGAUUAAAGAAAAAUAUUUGUUGGCAUUUUGACUGGGGCAUACGAAGACAGAAAACAAAUGUCUUGUACUUUUAACCAGCUGCCACCUGCAGAAGAAUUUGGCUAUUUCACUCAGCCAAAAUCAGUCAAACUGGAAUAAUUGUUCACAAAUUAAUAUGUGCCAAGCCAACGUGUCUCUACUUUUGUAGUGACUUGAGAAUUUUUGUAGAUAAAAUGUUUUGUAAAAAGGAUGGAAUGUGCGUAAUUGUCAGUACAAUUAUGUGUUGUGUGUAAAAUCUUUGAAGAUAAACUAUAUAUACAAAAGUAUGUGGACACCCCUUCAAAUUAGUGGAUUCUGCUAUUUCUGCCACACCCGUUGCUGACAGGUGUAUAAAAUCGAGCACACAGCCGUCCAAUCUCCAUAGACAAACAUUGGCAGUAGAAUGGCCUUACUGAAGACCUCAGUGACUUUCAACAUGGCACCGUCAUAGGAUGCCACCUUUCCAACAAGUCAGUUCGUCAAAUUUCUGCCCUGCUAGAGCUGCCCUGGUCAACUGUAAGUGCUGUUAUUGUGAAGUGGAAACGUCUAGGAGAAACAACGGCUCAGCUGACAAAGUGGUACGCCACACAAGCUCACAGAACGGGACUGCCGAGUGCUGAAGCGCGUAGCGAGUAAAAAUCAUCUGUCCUCGGUUGCAACACUCACUACCGAGUUCCAAACUGACUCUGGAAGCAACGUCAGCACAAGAACUGUUCGUCGGGAGCUUCAUGAAAUGGGUUUCCAGGGCCGAGCAGCUGCACACAAGCCUAAGAUCACCAUGCACAAUGCCAAGCGUCGGCUGGAGUGCUGUAAAGCUUGCUGCCAUUGGACUCUGGAGCAGUGGAAACGCGUUCUCUGGAGUGAUGAAUCACGCUUCACCAUCUGGCAGUCCAACAGACUAAUCUGGGUUUGGCGGAUGCCAGGAGAACGCUACCUGCACGAAUGCAUAGUUUAUAAUUGUCUGGGGCUGUUUUCAUGGUUCGGGCUAGGCCCCUUAGUUCCAGUGAAGGGAAUCUUAAUAAUAAUAAUAAUAAUAUGCCAUUUAGCAGACGCUUUUAUCCAAAGCGACUUACAGUCAUACGUGCAUACAUUUUUGUGUAUGGGUGGUCCCGGGGAUCGAACCCACUACCUUGGCGUUACAAGCGCCGUGCUCUACCAGCUGAGCUACAGAGGACCACAUCUUAACACUACAGCAUACAAUGACAUUCUAGACGAUUCUGUGCUUCCAACUUUGUGGCAAGAGUUUGGGGAAGGCCCUUUCCUGUUUCAGCAUGACAAUGCCCCCGUGCACAAAGCGAGGUCCAUACAGAAAUGGUUUGUCGAGAUCGGUGUGGAUGAAUUGGGAUGAAUUGAAACGCUGACUGCAAGCCAGGCCUAAUCGCCCCAACAUCAGUGCCUGACCUCACUAAUGCUCUUGUGGCUGAAUGGAUGCAAGUCCCCGCAGCAAUGUUCUAACAUCUAGUGGAAAGCCUUCCCAGGAGAGUGGAGGCUGUUAUAGCAGCAAAGGGGGGACCAACUCCAUAUUAAUGCCCAUGGUUUGACGAGCAGGUGUCCACAUACUUUUGGUCAUGUAGUGUACAUGAAUGUAAAUUAAUCCUAGCUUUGUUCUCUAGUGGGUGUUUGACAGAUAGUCUUCUGUCUCUCUCUCUGUCUCUCUCUCUGUCUCUCUCUCUGUCUCUCUCUCUGUCUCUCUCUCUGUCUCUCUCUCUGUCUCUCUCUCUGUCUCUCUACAGGUGGAAGUGAAGCCAUACGUCCUGGACGACCAGCUGUGUGAUGAGUGUCAGGGAACCCGGUGUGGGGGCAAGUUUGCCCCUUUCUUCUGCGCCAACGUCACCUGUCUCCAGUAUUACUGUGAAUACUGCUGGGCGGCCAUUCACUCGCGCGCCGGCCGUGAGUUCCACAAGCCACUGGUAAAGGAAGGAGGGGACCGGCCUAGGCACAUCUCCUUCCGCUGGAACUGA